AUGGGUCCAGGGUGGCACAUUCUUGUAGGCAGGGACUUUGCCGUCGAUCUUCGCUACCGCAAAGGAACAUGUGUACUAUUGUUUAGCAAGGCGAGCAAGAUGAAGAACGUGGUGGUCGAUAAGGUCACGCGACUCUACAACUUUUACGAAGGAGUUCAAGACAAAGAGGCCAAGAUCGCUCAAGCUCUAAAGCACUCGAUGACGUUCACUUACGGUCGAACGUGGCAAAUUAUAGUGUCUUCAUCAUCUGAAUUAUGCUGUCUACCUAUUUGUGACGAGGGCUCGCACGCGCAUAUGUCUGUAGCAAAGCUGCGAGUUGUGCUUUACCGUCAUGCCGGCACCAGUUUUGACCGUCAGUUGGACUUUGCGCAGUUUGGCAAGCGUGUUGCCUUCGUUCUGGCUACGAUAUGUUUGCUGCUCUACAGCUUUCUGUCGCUUAGCUCGUCGGAGGCGAUUCAACGUUGCAAGGAGAGUGAGAAGGGUGUUAAUGAGGAUAUUAUGGUAGAUGGCGUUGUUUUUCCUGAAGGCUGCUUGGUCGAGGACGUCAAACGCGCGAAUGAUCACGCGUGGUGGAAGACUGCUGCAAUUGUGGGCAUGUCGGCAUUCACGAUGAUUGCGUCGCUAAUUCGCAUGUACACCAAGUCGCUGACCGCAAAGGCCAAACGUUCAUAA